CUGUCACUGUUUAUGCUGAUCCACCUAUUUUAGUAUUUACCUUUUGAUUGCUGAAGUUGAGUAAGGCUUGAAUUACAGAUUAAGUUAAUGUCAGACAUGGGUCAGGUUUGCCUAAACAUCAGACUGUUACCCCAUGGUUCUUCUGUCUGAACGAAGGCAGCCUAAAAAAGACGCAAGAGUCUACAAGCCAGAAUGGCGAAUACAGUUAUAUGUACUCUUACUUUACCGGUUGUCCGUGCUGUUUAGCUUUUUGGCAGUAGGAGGUGGAGAUGGGGUAUCCACAGGAAUACUUUUUGCGGCGUCGAACCACUAAUGAACAGGAUAAGGAUCCACGUGUUGCCGUCAAGCUGGGGCCGUUUGUCCCAGACUGCCCGUACCCAAGAGCCCAAGGCCUGUUCCUUCACCCAGCGGCCCUGCUCCCAGCCCUGCCUGGAGGGAGUUCUGCAUCAAACACGUCCUGGAGGACAAGAAUUGCUUUAGGUGGAAUGCCAUGGCUCUCCAGGCCCAGUUGAGGAAGGCCUCAUCUGGUCCCUCUCCUGAGGCCUUCCUAUCUCUGCUCAGUGGAUACAACUGCACUGAGACCGAUGAGCAGGACAGUGGCCGCAGUGAAGCCAGCCUCAUCCUAGGUGUGAAAUGCUUCUGCACCAUCUUUUUUCUUUCUACACAUAUGCAUUGGCAACAUAUUUUAACCUCCUAUUUUAUUUAUCAGAGACCAUGCACAACAAAAUGUGUUGCACCAUAUUUAACAGCUCAUUUUUUACUCUCCGGUGUCCUGAUAGCUGUUCUUUUUUAUAAUAGUUGCUAUUCCAGGUAAAGGGAGCAUUUACUAUUAAGUGCAUGGUCCCAUUCCUGUACAUUCCUCCACUGCAUUGAGCCAAGUCACAGUCCAGGGGAGCUGAUGAGGAUUGUCUGUCCAGCUGUCCUCAUCUACAGAGUGAGGGUGAACAGGGACCACUCGUUCCUGACCAGACCUGUAGUGGAGACCCAGACAGUGAAGCUGACAGCAUUGACAAUAACCACAAGGACGAUCUUAAGUAAGAAUGCAAUAUUCGGAUACUGUGUUCUCUACCACAUUACAUACAGUUGAAGUCGGAAGUUUACAUACACCAUAGCCAAAUACAUUAAACUCAGUUUUUCACAAUUCCUGACAUUUAAUCAUAGUAAAAAUUCCCUUAAUUAGGUCAGUUAGGAUCACCACUUUAUGUUAAGAAUGUGAUGUCAGAAUGAUAGUAGAGAGAAUGGUUUAUUUCAGCUCUUAUUUCUUUCAUCACAUUCCCAGCGGGUCAGAAGUUUACAUACACUCAAUUAGUAUUUGGUAGCAUUGCCUUUAAAUUGUUUAACUUGGGUCAAACGUUUCGGGUAGCCUGCCACAAGCUUCCCACAAUAAGUUGGGUGAACUUUGGCCCAUUCCUCCUGACAGAGCUGGUGUAACUUAGUCAGGUUCAAAGGCCUCCUUGCUCGCACACGUUUUAUCAGGUCUGCCCACAAAGUUUUUUUUAUAAGAUUGAGGUCAGGGCUUUGUGAUGGCCAGUCCAAUAACUUGACUUUGUUGUCCUUAAGCCAUUUUGCCACAACUUUGGAAGUAUACUUGGGGUCAUUGUCCAUAUGGAAGACCCAUUUGCGACCAAGCUUUAACUUCCUGACUGAUGUCUUGAGAUGUUGCUUCAAUAUAUCCACAUUAUUUUCCUGCCUCAUGAUGCCAUCUAUUUUGUGGAGUGCGCCAGUCCCUCCUGCAGCAAAGCACCCCCACAACAUGAUGCUGCCACCCCGUGCGUUACGGUUGGGAUGGUGUUCUUCGGCUUGCAAGUCUCCCCCUUUUUCCUCCAAACAUAACGAUGGUCAUUAUGGCCAAAGAGUUCUAUUUUUGUUUCAUCCAAGAGGACAUUUCUCCAAAAAGUAUGAUCUUUGUAUCCAUGUGCAGUUGCAAACUGUAGUCUGGCUUUUUAUGGCAGUUUUGGAGCAGUGGCUUCUUCCUCGCUGAGUGACUUUUGUCGUUAUAGGACUCGUUUUACUGUGGAUACAGAUACUUUUGUACUCGUCUCCUCCAGCAUCUUCACAAGGUCCUUUGCUGUUGUUCUGGGGUUGAUUUGCACUGCUCGCACCAAAGUACGUUCAUCUCUAGGACACAGACCUUGUCUCUUUCCUGAGCGGUAAGACGGCUGCGUGGUCCCAUGGUAUUUAUACUUGCGUACUAUUGUUUGUACAAAUGAACGUGGUACCUUCAGGCAUUUGGAAAUUGCUCCCAAGGAUGAACCGGACUUGUGGAGGUCUACCAUUUUUUUCUGGGGUCUUGGCUGAUUUCUUUGGAUUUUCCCAUGAUGUCAAGCAAAGAGGAACUGAGUUUGAAGGCCCAUACAGUGAGAUCCAGCCAGAGGUGUAUUUUCUAAGUGGAGGGGACCCGCUGCUCUAACCAUUUUAUCCCAAUGACACGACACUGCUCUCUCGACAGUAACCAGGUACUGUUUAACAUGUGUCCGGGGCUAAAGGAUGUUCCGUGUGAUAGGCCGGUCCACAUGGGCCAGUCUGAGGAGCCUCGCUGCCCCCUGCAUCUCUGCCUGCCACCCCCCAUGUACCAGCCUGAACAGGAGACAGCCCUGGCCCCAGAGCAGCUAGAUGCAGUACUACCCAGAGACAUGUACCUGAGUGCUGCAGCGUUACAGCCCACAGAGAGCCUGCCGCUAGAGUUCAGCGACGACACCCCACUACAUCCAGGACCUAUGUCCAUUCUGACAUGUCACACAGCCUUGGCCCUGGAGGACCAGGCUAUCAGGGCCAUUGCUGAGGCCCCAAAGGACUUCCUGACCGGGGCUGUGUUGGACGCCUCAGGACACGACGACUCGGCUGACAUGGAGCUCUGUGAGAGAGAGAUGGAGUCUAUAGAGGACCAGGCGGUGUACACGUUCAAGUUGGAUCUUAUCGAUAACUUCGUGUGGAAUCUGAAGCGCUGCAAAAAGGAACUCUCUAACUACAGAUUCAGGAACCUCUCCUUCUUUCUCUUGGAUACCUAUUGUCAUGGAGGUGAAGGGGAACCUACAGAAAACUCAACAGAAUGGGACCAUGUUGCUGCAGAUGAGAAACUAUUUACCUCAACCUAUGUUUUAAUGGGUUGAAAAGACUAAAUCCCACCCAUAUAAAAAAAAAGACAUGUUGAAUUCCAGCAUCAGUGCCUGACCUCAAUAAUGCUCUUAUUUUUAUUUAACUAGGCAAGUCAGUUAACAACAAAUUCUUAUUUUCAAGACGGCCUACAAACAGUGGCUUAACUGCCUUGUUCGGGGGCAGAACGACAGCUCAGCUUGGGGAUUCGAUCUUGCAACCUUUUGGUUACUAGUCCAACGCUCUAACCACUAGGCUACCUGCUGCCUCUUGUGGCUGAAUGGAUCAAGUCCACACAGCAAUGUUCCAACAUCUAGUGGAAAGCCUUCCCAGAAGAGUGGAGGCUGUUAUAGCAGCAAAGGGGGGGACCAACUCCAUAUUAAUGCCCAUGAUUUUGGAAUGAGAUGUUCGACGAGCACGUGUCCACAUACUUUUGAUCAUGUGUACAUACCUCAAGUACCUUGUACCUCUGCACAUUGAUCUGGUACAGAUACUCGCUGUAUAUAGCCCCAUUCUUGUAUUUGUUUUUUUCCCUCGUUUAGUUACAAAAAUAAAAUAGUAACUCUGCGUUGUUGGGAAAGGUUCUGUAAGCAAGCAUUUCACUGAGUUGUGUACACCAGUUGUAUUCGGCGCAUGUAACAAAUAAAAUGAUUUCUAAGCUUUA